UUCUCCUAAGGAUUCCCUGUCUUCUUCUUGCCUAUAAAACCCUUGUCUUCAUCUCCUUCACUCCACUUCUCUUCCACUCUCUUCUUCUUCGCUAAUACUCGCCGGGGAGAAAUGCCAUCUGCUACCUAUCUUCUGCGCUUCUCUCCGGCAACUCCUCACCGUCACCGGUGGAUCUCUCUUUCUCAUCCAGAUUUGCAGAAGCCUUUUUCCGGUGUUUGGUCAAUUGCGGCAAGAAAUGAGGUGACUAACUUGGACCUUGUGCUCCGUUCCAGAUGCAAAGUCAUAUCCAAAACUAUCCCUCGAGCAUAUACUGAUCUCUUUCAGAAAGGUCAGCCGGGAUUGGAGAGACAAGAGACUCUCCAAGGUGAUAAAGAAGCAAUUUCCGAGGUUUGCAUUGAAAAUGAGAUAGAGAAGAGAAUACAAUUCAUCAAAUCGAUGUUGGGAUCAAUGGAGGACGGCGAGAUAAGUGUAUCUGCGUACGAUACUGCAUGGGUUGCACUAGUGAAAGAUAUUAAUAAAAAUGGUGUUCCCCAAUUUCCUUCUAGCCUUCAAUGGAUUGUGGAGAAUCAACUCCUUGAUGGAUCUUGGGGUGAUCGUUUUAUAUUCUCUGCUCAUGAUCGGAUACUUAAUACACUAGCCUGUGUUGUCGCAUUGAAGUCAUGGAACAUUUAUCCUGGACUAUGUGAAAAGGGUAUGGCAUUCAUCAGAGAAAACAUGUCCAAGCUUGAAGGUGAAAACGAGGAGCACAUGCCAAUAGGUUUUGAAGUUGCAUUCCCUUCUCUAAUGGAAAUAGCUCAAAUGCAAGAUUUGCAGAUUCCUACUGAUACUCCAUUCAUACAAGAUAUCUAUGCCAAAAGAGAUCUAAAGCUCACUAAGAUACCAAAGGACAUGAUGCAUAUAGUGCCCACAACUCUCCUCCAUAGCUUAGAAGGCAUGGCUGGUUUGGAUUGGGAAAAGCUUCUUAAGCUUCAGUGUGAAGAUGGGUCCUUUUUGUUUUCCCCAUCAUCCACUGCCUAUGGACUGAUGGAAACCAAAGAUGAAAGAUGCUUAACAUAUCUCAAGAAAGUCAUAGAAAAAUUUAAUGGUGGAGUUCCUAAUGUCUAUCCGGUUGAUCUUUUCGAGCAUAUUUGGGUUGUCGAUCGCCUGGAACGCCUCGGCAUUUCUCGAUUUUUCCAAUCAGAAAUUCAAGAUUGCAUCAAUUAUAUUCAUAGAUAUUGGACUGAGGAUGGGAUCUGUUGGGCUAGAAAUUCUAGGGUUCAUGAUAUUGAUGAUACAGCCAUGGGAUUCAGACUUCUAAGGUUACAUGGACAUGAGGUUUCACCAGAUGCAUUUCAGAAUUUUCAGAAGGGUAGUGAGUUCUUCUGCUUUGCAGGACAAUCAAACCAGGCCAUUACCGGAAUAUUUAACCUGUAUAGGGCAUCUCAGGUGUUAUUCCCUGGAGAGAUCAUCCUAGAAGAAGCCAAGACAUUUGCUUCCAAAUUCUUGAGUGAGAAACAAGAAUCUAAUCAGAUUCUUGAUAAAUGGAUUAUAACCAAGGACUUGCCUGGUGAGGUGAGAUACGCGCUGGACAUUCCAUGGUAUGCCAGCUUACCCCGAGUAGAGGCGAGAUUCUACAUCGAACAUUAUGGUGGAGACAACGACGUCUGGAUCGGGAAGACCCUUUACAGGAUGCCUUACGUGAACAAUAACGACUACCUGGAACUUGCCAAGUUAGACUUCAACAACUGCCAGAGGUUACAUCAGCUAGAAUGGACUAGUAUGAAGAAGUGGUACAGAGAGUGCAAUAUUGGAGAACUUGGACUGGGAAGAAGAGAGCUUCUACUUGCGUAUUUUGUGGCGGCGGCGAGCAUAUUUGAGCCGGAGAGGGCAAAUGAGAGGCUGGCAUGGGCGAAAACCGCCGUGCUUAUAGAAGCAGUGAGGUCUUAUAUGGGGUUAGCAACCACUACUGAUGUGAAGAAAGCAUUUCUCAAUGAUUUUAACUACAUCGCCAGCUUUGAUAUCAACGACAACAAUGAUACUAUUAAGAUGAGGGAGGCUGAGUCAAUGACAAUAGGAAAGGAGCUGGUGGAAACCCUUCUCACAACCUUAAACUGUAUCGCAUUGGAGACCUUAGUGGCGCAUCGCAUAGAUGUCCGGCAACACUUACGUUCCGCAUGGAACACUUGGCUGGAGACGUGGUGUCAACAUCAUGAAGUAGAAAGAGAAAAUGAUCAAAAUGCAACUCAUGAGAGAGGACUUGGAGAUGGCGAAGCAGAGUUAUUAGUGGGCAUCAUCAAUUUAUCUGCUGGCCGUAGUCUCUCUGAAGAGCAAUGCUCCCAGCCUCACUAUAGGCUUCUUAUCCACCUUGUUAAUGCUAUUUGUUUUCACCUUCGUCCGCUCCUUGAUUCCAUGGGAAAUUGGAAGAAGGAUAAUAAUAGCAUAGAGAUUAGUGGUCCAGAAGAAGUUGAACCCCUUAUGCAAGAGCUGGUUCAACUUGUUCUUCUCCAUACCCCAGAUGGCAUUGAUCCUGAAAUCAAGAAACCUUUCCUUACAGUCGCCAAGAGCUUCUAUUAUGUUGCCCACUGCAACUUAGCUACCAUCAACAACCAUAUGGCCAAAGUUCUCUUUGAAAGAGUGGCUUGAUUUUUUUUUUUCUUUCUUUCUCUAUUUUUUUUUUCUUAUAUUUGUGAAAAAUUGUGGGCGAUUAUGAAUAAUUCCAUUUAUAUAUUUCCCAUGUUUAAAUCAAAGUUAAAUGAAUGGUAAUGUUAAUGUGAAGCAAUAGAAAAUUCCCUUC